AUGUUAUCCGCAUUCACCGCGCGGCCGCUGGUCGAGCUACGAUUGCGCGACAAAUCCAAGAUUGAAUCCGUCCUAGCCUACGGUGACCGACUACUAGCCGGACUCAACAAUGGCACCCUCCGCGUCUACCGCGUCACAGAAGACGGAGCGACAGAACUCCUGCGUGAAGUCGAAAAGUUCGCCCGGUACAAGAUUGAGCAGCUGGCACUCGUUAAGGAAGCACACGUUAUUGUGUCGUUGUCCGGUGGGUAUGUCUCUCUACACGAUUCUCAGAGCUAUGAACUUUAUCAACAGCUUGCCCAAACGAAGGGUGCGUCCGCUUUUGCCAUUACUUCGAAUGUAGUUAAUGAUCCCGAAUCAAACGUUCCGGCCAUCGUCUCUCGAUUGGCUGUUUCUGUUAAACGGAAGCUGUUGAUGUGGGUUUGGAGGGAUAUGGAGCUGGAACCGAAUACUAUGGAGCUGAGCUUGGUCAGUGGGAUCAAAACGUUGACUUGGGUCUCUGCUACACGGCUUGUGGUGGGCUUGGGCUCGAGCUAUGUCAUGGUUGAUAUCGAAAGUGGGCAGACGACGGAGUUACCGAGUCCUGUGAGUAUGGAGGAGGCUGCUGGGCGAUUCACUGGUGUUGGGGUUGCGAGUAUGGGAGUCGCGAGUAUGAAUUAUAUUGGCAUUGGAGGAGGGAUGGUGCCGAAACCACUUGCUACGAGGCUUCGUGAGGGUCAGAUCUUGCUGGCCAAGGAUAUCAAUACGAAUUUCAUUGACGUCGAAGGCCAGUCGCUGGGCAGACGUCAAAUCCCGUGGGGCCAUGCCCCGGUCGAUAUUGGAUAUUCAUACCCGUUCCUUCUCGCUCUACAUGAUACUUCCAAAGGAGUUCUGGAAGUUCGAAACCCCGAAACGCUGUCACUAUUGCAAUCUAUUCCAUUGCCUUCGGCCAGUAUCCUCCACAUUCCGCAGCCUAACAUCAGUCUUGCUCAUGCUGGCAAGGGAUUCUUGGUUGCAAGUGAUCGAAUCAUUUGGCGUAUGGAAGCUUUGAGUUAUGAUACGCAAAUUGAUGCCCUGGUUGAAAAGGGAUAUCUUGACGAGGCCAUUAGUCUGUUGGGUAUGCUUGAGGAUGCUCUCCUGACGGACAAGCCUGGUCGGCUACGCGCUGCCCAGCUCGAAAAAGCUCAGAAUCUCUUUGUCCUUCACAAAUACCGAGAUUCUCUGGAUUUAUUCACGGAGGUUGCGGCUCCCCCUGAGACUGUCAUCCGUCUCUACCCGUCGACAAUCGCCGGCGAUCUUUCUAUGGCCUUAGAAAACAAUGGCUCGGUGUCAGAUCCGCGAAGCUCUGACUCUAAGAUAAAUGACUCGCAAGCCGACACAUCAUCUGAUCCUGCCACGGCCCCUCCAACGGCUGACGGACAGGGAUCGUCUCUUAAUUCCCCCUCGGUCCGGUCUCUUAUACGGAAAACGGAUGAUGGAACUGAGUCGGUCAGUACGCGCGAUGAAGAAAAGGACAUGAAGAUGGCCGUUAGGGAGCUGCAGGGAUACUUGGCGGAUGUGCGGCGACGUUUCCAGCGGUACCUCGACCAAGAUGGCUUGCUGAAAGCUCCCGCGCCAACAGAAGCCAAAGAUGAAGCUAGCGAAUAUGUCCUCAAGCUGUUGGACUUUCCAGCACCCGAGGACUUUUUGACUACCAUUCAGGACAAAGCUAAACUGGUUGAUACGACUUUAUUCCGAGCUCACAUGUACGCCACUCCAUCGCUGGCUGGUUCAUUAUUCCGAAUUACCAAUUUCUGCGACCCGGAAGUAGUGAUGGAGCGACUUGAAGCAACAGGCCGAUACAAUGACCUAAUUGAUUUCCUGUUCGGUAAGAAGCUGCACCGCCAGGCUUUGGAGUUAUUGCACCGAUUUGGCGAAAAAAAUUCUGGACUAUUGGCCGGGCCGACGCGCACAGUUGCAUACUUGCAAAACCUUCCGCCUGAUCAGAUCGAUCUGAUACUCGAAUUUGCGGAGUGGCCACUCCAUGAAGACUUUGAGCUUGGCAUGGAGAUCUUCUUGACAGACACUGAGAACGCUGAAACCUUGCCGCGGCCCCAGGUGCUUCACUUUUUAGAGAUGAUUGACUCCAGACUGGCUAUUUGGUAUCUAGAACAUGUCAUUCAGGAAUGGAACGACAUGUCACCCGACACCCAUCAACGCCUUUUGGUCCUGUAUCUUGAACACAUCACUGAGGAUCCGGAAGAUAUCGAAACUAAGACUAAGUUUUUGGAAUUGCUUAAGGAGAGUGAGCAGUACUCGCCAGCUAAAAUCUUGGACCAACUGGAUCACGAAGACCCUGAAUUCCACGAAGCACGAGCUAUUGUGUUCAGCAAAAUGGGUCAACACCGACAGGUACUGGAGAUCUAUGUCUUCAAACUGGAGGCCCAUGACAAGGCAGAAGAAUACUGUAACCAGGUCCACCUAGCCGAGAUGGAUGAGAAAGACGAAAAAGAUUCGAUAUAUUUGACCCUAUUGUCACUCUAUCUAACACCUCCAUACGGCCACAAGGCCCAGCAUGGUCCCGCAUUAGCCAUCCUUGCUAAACACGGGUCCCGACUCCCGGCCGACGCAGCUUUGGGUCUCAUCCCUGCCACCUUGCCCGUGCAGGAACUGGAGUUUUACUUCAAAGGUCGCAUGCGUGCAGCGAAUUCCGUCUUCAACGAGGCUCGCAUUGUGGCAAAUCUGCGCAAGGCACGCGACAUGCAAAUCCAAACACAACUGACACUCGGCGAGAAUGUUCGAGGAGGUGGAACCCGAGCGCGCCAUGUCACAGUCACUGAAGAGCGGAUCUGUGGUGUGUGCCACAAACGGUUGGGAGGGAGUGUUAUCAAUGUGUUUCCCGACAACACCGUCGUGCACAUGGGCUGUGCGAAACGGAUCGUCGGCAUUGGUUCCCGGUAG